AUGUCUAUCUCUGUUACUUCUGACUCUGAUAGAUGGAUUUGUUCUUUGAGCAAGAAUGGCUUUUUGGACAUAGGACAACAAGAGGUAGAGAUACUGAAGAGUAUUGAACACGAACUUGAUCAGGCUGAAGAAUUGGGAGUUCAUCUUCAGGAUAUUUUCGCUUCUUGUUUACUCAAGAAAAAAAUGGCUAUGAGAGAUUAUGCAGCUGGUAAGGAGUUGAUCUCUACUACUCUCGGACGACUACGUAUUCACAAGGAGUAUACAAAGCUUCAGGAUACUGUAAGCGAGACCAAAGUUAUACUUAUGGAUCUAGAAAGGCGGCAUUUGCAGGGUGAAGAGGAUGUAGCAGCAAGGAUAUGGUUAAAAGAGAUUAAAGAAUUAUAUUACGAAGCAGAUGACUUGUUAGACGAGUUCUCAUAUGGAGCCAUGGGAAUUCAAAUGGAGAUUCAAAACUGGAUGAGGACCAGAAAGGUAAGCAUUAAUUCCUUGUCAGUACUGUCGUACCCACUUUUAUUCAGUUGUAGAAUGUCUCGUAAAAUCAAGGAUUUCCAAAAUGUGCUAGAUGAGCUGAAACGAGAAAUUAAGUUCCCCGAUUCUAGAGAGGCAGAGAACCAUGAAAUAAAUGAAAUAGACCGACUACCUACUGCUAAUAUUGAUGAUACUUUGGUAUAUGGAAGGGAUGCGGAAGAAGAAAAGAUUGCUAAUAUGUUAAUUGAUCCAAACAAUGAAGAAAUGCUUUCAAUUAUUUCUAUGGUGGGGAUAGGGGGUGUUGGCAAGACAACACUAGCACAGCAAAUCUUCAAUGAUGGGUCAAUAAGGUCACAUUUUGAUCUGAGAUUUUGGGUUUAUGUGUCGUCGGAGUUUGACGUGAAAAGGGUUGUAAAAGAAAUAAUUGAACUUUCUGGAAGAAGUACGGGUGAUUUAACAAAUUGGGACAAUUUACAGCAUAUCUCUGAAGAGAUUUUGAGUGGAAAAAGGUUUUUACUUGUAUUGAAGGAUGUGCAGCCGACUGUAGAUAAAGAAAAAUGGGAUAAUUUUAUAACUUUGUUAAGAGUUGGGUCCAAAGGGAGCAAAAUUAUGGUAACAACACAGAGUCAUGAAGUUGCGUUAAUAAUGGGGACACUUCCUCCAUUUUUUUUACUUGGACUAUCAGAAGAAGAAAGUUGGGCAUUGUUCAGGAGAAAAGCAUUUGGUAGAGGAGGUGCAGUGGAGAGUCCAGAUCUAGUCAGAAUAGGAUUGGAACUUGUUAAGGAAUGCCGAGGUUUACCAUUAGCGUUAAAAACUCUUGGUGCCAUGAUGCAGUACAAGACAGAUAUAGAAGAGUGGACAACUGUCCUAAAUACUAUGAAAGCACUACGUAGCAAUAUAAAUAAAGAUAUUUCUACUCUGAUCAUUUGUUACAAUGACAUGAAGUCACCAUGGAAACGAUGCUUUUUAUAUUGUUCAGUAUUUCCUGCCAAUUUUCUAAUUGGGAAGAAGAAAUUGAUUCAACUAUGGAUGGCUGAAGGUUUCUUAGAAGAAGAAGCAUCCAGUAAUGGAGAUGUAAUAUCACUGGAGGAUAUAGGUAAUGCAUAUUUUAAUUCAUUGGUGCUGAGGUGCUUCCUUCAAGUUGUCAAAAUGGAUGAUAAGGGUGAACCAUUAGAGUGCAGGAUGCUUAACACUGUACAUUAUUUUGCACGGAUUGUCUUGGGAAAUGAAGUCAAGAUAGUGCAGAAUGUUGACAAGGUGGAGCCAGAUCGUGAAACACGUUAUCUAUCAUUUUUUGUUCGUAGUGACACAGAAUCAAUUCCUGACAAAUUCUACACCAUGAUCAUGAACAAAGUUCGGACAUGGCUUAAUUGUUCUAAUAAUAUUUCUCCUGUCCAGUUAUUAAAAUUUAAGAGGCUGCGUGUACUAGAACUUAGACACAUCAGCAAAGAUGAGUUGCCAUCCUCAAUUGGAGAGUUAAUGCACUUGAGAUAUCUUGAUCUUUCCUAUGGUAGGUUUAAGGAAUUACCUUCGUCCAUUUCCAAACUCUACUAUUUGCAAACAUUGAAGCUGUUACAUUGUAGAUAUCUUCAAAGAUUACCUAAAGGAAUGACAAAACUGAUCAACCUGAGGCAUCUAGAAAUUGAAAGAAGUCUGAACACUCCAAGAGGUUUAGGGCAAUUGAGAAACCUUCAAACCUGCUUCACUGUAUUUAAGUUGGGCAACAGUGUUACAACUGAAGCUGGUAUUGAAGAGCUGGGAUGUCUACAACAACUUGGAGGAAGUUUGAGUUUAAUUGGUCUCGGCAAUGUGAAAAAUGGAGCAGAUGCUAAAGCAGCAAAAUUGAAUGAGAAAAGAAGACUCCAGGAGUUGACAUUAGAAUGGGAAUCGGAUUUGCAUGUUUGUACCGAGGAGGAUAGCAGGAAACAAGACGUCGUAUUAGAGGAGCUCCAACCUCAUCAUCAAAAUCUAUUUCUUUUGAAGAUACUUCGUUUCAGUGGGACCAAGCUCCCUACAUGGUUGAAUGGGAGUUCACACCUCUCAAAUUUACGUGAACUCUGUAUUUACUCAUGUCACCAUGUAAAGUCUUUGGAUCUGACAGGCUUGAGGUCUCUUCGGGAACUGAUGAUUUCAUAUUGUGAAAAUCUGGAGUAUGCAAGAGUCGAGGGUCUCAUGGCCUUGGAGCUUUUGGAAUUCAAGGGAUGCGAUAAGCUGAAAUCUCUUGGAGCGAAGGGGGCAAAUCAGGAAGAGCAAGUGGGUUCUUCACAAGAAGAGCACGUGCACAACAUACCCAAUCUUGUUAAACUUGUGAAGCUGCGGAUCCAAAGUUGCGAUCGUCUUACAACUUUACCCGAGAAGGAGAUGUUACUUCUGCAAUCACUGAAGACACUGCACAUAGAUAUUUGUGCAAAUCGAAUGGUUUUGACCAAAGGCUUAGAAAACCUUUCAUUGCUUCAGCACUUGCAGAUAGAAAAUUGCUCAAAUCUAGAGGCAUUGCCAGAGGGCUUACGACAGAUCUCAUCUCUUCAACACUUUGCAAUUAGGGAGUGCCCUAAGCUCGAGUCUUUAUCAGAAGAGAUACAACACUGGAGAUCACUUCAAAAACUAGGUAUUUUCACUUGUGCAAAUCUAAGGGAUUUGCCAAGGGACAUUGCUAAGCUUACAUCACUUCAAGAAUUGGAGAUCAAUGGAUGUGAUUGCUUGAUCUCUUUUCCAGACGAGACACAAGAAUUGAUGUCAUUAAAAAUGCUGAAGAUUGAGCAGUGUUCAAAUUUGAGAGCUCUGCCAGAAGGCCUGGGCAAACUCUCCUCGUUAGAGGUAUUGGAAAUUUCGAGUUGCAAUAGGUUGACGUCUUUGCCUGGAGGGAUGCAACACUUAACAUCACUAGACACACUGAAGAUAAAAGGCUGUGAUAACCUGAAAAGACUACCAGAGGAAUUUGGGAACCCCUCAACCCUUCGUGUGUUGGCUAUAAUUGGUUGUCCUAAUCUACAAGUUCUACCAGAGGGCUUGGGAAACCUCCAAAACCUCCGUCUGUUGGAAAUAACUGAUUGUUCCAAUCUAACAGCUCUACCAGAUGGCUUGGGAGAACUCUCAUCCCUUCGAUCUCUGUACAUCCAGAGAUGUGUUAAUUUGACAUCGUUCCCUGACACUCUACUGCGCAUGAGAUCCUUACGAGUACUUUGGUUGAUCGAGUGUCCCAAACUAAAAGAUUUGUCCAGCGGGUUGAGAUCUCUCUCAGCACUUGAGAAGUUGACCAUCUGGGGAUGUCAUAACCUCAUCAAGCUUUUUCCGGGGGAGGACUUCUGGGGGAUUCAAGCCCUGAACUCGUUACAAGAGCUGACCAUUUCACAUUGUUCGAAACUAGAAACCCUGCCUUACGGAUUGGAGAAACUCCAGUCACUUAAAGAGCUGGUUAUUUGGAAUUGCCCUGAAUUGGAAUCUUUUGAGAACGUGAUAGCACAGCUGAAAGAGGGAAAGUUACGAAAACUUAACAUAAAAGACUGUCCUUGCCUGGAGACCAUGGAUGAUGCAUCUUAUUCCCAUUUUAACAGUGUCCUUACUCCUCCAGGCUACAGGUUCAUUUUCUCGUACGUAAAACUCAUUUCUAAACAAUGCUAA